AUGCCUCACCAUCCUUUGGCACAGAGAUCACGUGAGUGCGUAACUAAUCGUGACUCUAGUUCGCAUCGGAUAAUUAAAGCUUGGCAGCGCAACGUCCAAUCAGAAGUUGACAUGGAAUACUACGCAAGGGUAUAUCCAGUUGCUAACAUCCUGUUCAAAUUGGUCACGUUCUUUUCCUUCUCUUCCUCCGCUCCGCCGCCGCCAGCGGGGUUCAGAUUGUUCUGUUCGGCGCCAUCUAUAAAUGAUAGUCUUUCUAUUGUCAGCUCCCACACGCUGUAUUUCGGUCGUUUCAGAAUAGGACAAUUG